GACUGAAGUAUAAAUACGAAAGAAAGAAAGCUCCAUCCAUCGCCACCACCACCGCCCUUCUUUCUCCGCUACGCUCCAAUCCCAUCCAUGCUUCUUGCGAUCAGUCUCCGCCUCCUUUUGGUCCGAUGUGACUUCUCCCAUCCCUUCCCUCCCCUCCCCUCCCCUAAAUUAUUAUCACAGUCUAUCGCGACAAAUUAACCCGAUAGCGAUCUCAUCUCCAAUUCCGUCUCCUUUUAUUCGCUCCCUCCCCCGAUCCUUUUUGUUUCUAACCCUGACCCUUAUUCCGAUCUCCAAACCCUAACCCUCGCUGCUCUUCUUCUUCUUCAUGGCCGACGCAUCGCCAAAAUUCAGGACGCCAGACCUCCUCCCCGCGGCGGCGCCCGCUGGCGAGCUCAUGGUCUCCCAUGACGGACUCAACUUCUGGCAGUUCAUGGUCGCCGGCUCCAUUGCUGGUGUCGUCGAGCACACCGCGAUGUUCCCUGUCGACACCCUCAAGACACGGAUGCAGGCCGGCUCCUCGCCCUGCCAAGGCUCCGUCGGCCUCCGCCAAGCCCUCCGCUCCGUCCUCCGCCUCGAAGGUCCCCUCGGCCUUUACCGCGGCCUUGCCGCCAUGGGCCUUGGCGCCGGCCCUGCCCACGCCGUCUACUUCUCGGUCUACGAGAUCUCGAAGGAGCUCCUUUCUCAGGGGAACCCCAACAACCCCGUCGCCCAUGCCUCGUCGGGCGUGCUCGCUACUGUGGCCAGUGAUGCGGUGUUCACGCCCAUGGACACGGUGAAGCAGAGGCUGCAGCUCAAGAGCAGUCCGUACAAAGGGGUGGCCGACUGCGUCGGGAGGGUGCUGAGGGAGGAGGGGAUCAGGGCGUUCUAUGCUUCGUAUCGGACAACGGUGGUGAUGAACGCCCCCUUCACGGCGGUCCACUUCGCGACCUAUGAGGCCGCGAAGAGGGGGCUGAUGGAGGUCUCCCCAGAUAACGCGAAUGAUGAGCGGCUUGUCGUGCAUGCCACGGCUGGGGCUGCUGCGGGAGCCUUGGCGGCGGCAGUUACCACGCCACUCGAUGUGGUCAAGACCCAGCUGCAGUGCCAGGGUAUUUGUGGUUGUGACAGAUUUUCUAGCAGCUCUACACGGGAGGUUAUCCGAACCAUAACAAGGCGUGAUGGGUAUGCCGGGCUCAUGAGGGGAUGGAAGCCCAGGAUGCUUUUCCAUGCACCAGCGGCUGCUAUCUGUUGGUCCACAUAUGAAGCAUCCAAGUCCUUUUUUCAAGGGUUCAACGAGCGAAGGAGGCCUUCCUGAAACCUCGCAGGGAAAAUAUUAUUUUUCCUGCCAGCCCUUUCUCCCUGCAGAUGGCUGUCUAAAUAUUAUACAGCGAUAUGCUUCCUUGGCCGGUGGAAAUAAGCAUCUUCUAUAGGUGCUAUUUUUGUGCCAAGCUCCGUCGUUGUGGGCUUUUAUCCUCGUCUUUUUAGAGAUAAUAAUUUCUUGUUCAAAUAAUAUUGUUGAUGAUAAGGUUAUUAUGGAGAUGCAAGUAGGCUGUGGUUUGUGGAGUACUCUUGUGCGCGGACGUUGUUCCUUGCUAGCAACUAGCAAGCCUGUCACCAAUGGCUGACAAUAGAAAGAAAUGAUUUAUUUUCUGGAAU